GGAAAGCGCAAGGUUUACCAUCCUCUUUUGAAAGCUAUGCAGUCUUUGCAGUGAGGGGCCAAUGAGGAGGCAGAGUAAGUCGGAAGCGUCUUGGAUGGUGGUGACGUGGUGAGGCGGUGAUUGUUCCUUUCGGGGAAAGAACAAGGCGGCGUGACGCAACCGCAGAAGGCUUCCUCCUGGACCAGCUUCCAAGUAAGCUGCCUUUUUGGCCUCCCAGAUUCCCCUCGAUGACCUGACAGUGUUCUGAGUGGCCCCAGUUAUGAUUCAAGGAAUAAGAGGAAUUCGGUCAUGCAGUAUGGAAAAUCCUACUUUUGAAGACAUCAGGUACAUCUCACUUUAUAGCCCUUACAUCAGGCCAUGUUGUGAAUUGAUGCGUGGAACAUUUCAUGAAUAUUCUCCAAAGAAGUAUGAACCAGGUGAUAUUUGCAAACUGUGGUGCAGCAAACCUGUUUUUCAGCUGCAGAAAUACUGUGACAUAAUUAAAAUAUGCACGUUUAGACCACUUUUAUUUGUACCUCAUUGUGAUCCCAGUAAGAAAUGCCAUGAUCCCAGUUGCCAAUUUGAUGAGCUAAAUUUGGAGAAACUCUGUCAAAUCGAGAUUUUAGAAGAUGUUACUGAUAUAGUAAAAAAAUUUGCUGAUGAUCAACUUUUUAUCAGUGGAAUAUUGACAACUGAAACUGAUUUAGAGAAGGGAAUACUUAGAACUUCUGAGGUUUUAGAGUGGAUGAAAUAUGCAGAUCACAUUGGCAUUUUACAGAAAUUAAGGAAACUUGCAGAUUAUUGUUGUUGGUCUAUCCUCAAACUGUUCUUUUCUGCAUAUAAGUAUUAUAUAAGUAAAGUUAUUUUGGAGGACUACAAUUUAGUAGAAGCCUUCGAAUCUUAUUAUUGUGACAACUGUAUGAUGACCAGUGAGAAUAUGAAAAAAAGGGGAAAUGAAGCAUUUGCUAAGGAUAAAUUUGACAGUGCAGUCACUUUCUAUACAAAAGCUAUAGAACUAUGGCCUGAAAAUCACUUUCUUUAUGGCAAUCGGGCUCUCUGUUUUCUCCGAAUUGGACAGUAUCGGAAAGCCUUGUGUGAUGGGAAAAGAGCUAUUAUUUUGAAUCCCUGUUGGCCUAAGGGACAUUAUCGAUUUUGUGAUGCUUUAUCAUUCUUGGGUGAGCAUAGAAAGGCAUUAGAAGCCAAUGAGAGAGGUCAGGACCUGUGCAGAGAUAAUCCUGAAGGAAUGAAGGGUCUUAUUGAGCAACACGAAAAGCUUAAAAACCAAAUGGAAGAAGCUAGAGGUAUAAAGCAAAAUAAAUACAGACUAAAGAAACAACUGUUGCAGAAAAAUUCUUCAGAGUAUGUGUCCGUUGGUAACCAAGAAUCAAAAAAAUCUCACAAUGAAAACAAAAAACUAUGUGAUUCUCAUCACCAUCCUAACCAGCAGAAGCUACCAAUAAUAGUCGGAAAUACAGAAACUAGAGAAAACAGAGAUCAUGUAUCAGUUUUUUUAGCAGAAGUAAGUGAAAAUCCACAAAAGCAAAGAAGCCAAAAUGAUGAUUCUGAAAAGCUGAAAGAACAAUUGAAUUUGAAAACUGAUUCUAAAAAAGUUGUAGAGAAAUAUAAUUUACAAUGUGGAAAUGUGCAACAGGGAGAUGUAAUACUUUCAUUAGAAAUGUUGAAGACAUAUAUGAAAAAUGGAUCCACAUCUUUAAUGGAUCUGUGCUUUCACAGUGCUGAACAAUCAUUUGCAUUAUCUUUAAAUAUGAUAGAUCCGUCUCAGCUACAGUGUCUGAACCUUUCUCUUGUUGAUUAUGUUGUGAUCAUGUAUGGAUAUGCCAGUGCUCUCCUUGGAAUAGGACAGCCUGAGGAACUAAGCAAAGCCAAAUAUCAUUUUGAUAAAAUAAUUGAGCAAUAUCAGAAAGUGAGAUUCAACUGCUUGGCACAUUAUGGAAUUGGAAAAGUAUAUUUGAGACAAAAUCGAUUUUCUGAAGCUCUAGACCAAUUCAUGAAGUCAAAAACUAUGGUUAACCUUAAGAUUGUACCUGGAGUACUGACAUGGCCUACAACUUCAGUUGUUAUCAAAGAGACAAGGUCAGAAACAUUACAAGUUAUAUUGGAAGACUGUAUUACAGAAUGCAAGUUUCCACCCAAACCAGAUGCAGUAUGUCGCUAUCAGCAAUGCCAAGCACAUAAAGUCAAAAUAUAUUUUAAUGACCCGGAUUUCAAGGGUUUUAUACGUAUUGCCUGCUGUAAACAGUGUAUAGUAGAAUUUCAUUUAAGCUGCUGGAAAAAAGUAAAAGCUACAAGAUAUUGUGAUAAAAAUGAUAAGGAUAUUCUUCAAGAGAUGUGUUUCACCCCAGAUUGUAGUGGCCUUAUUUCUAAAAUCACUGUCUUCAGUUCUUCUGGUAUUGUCAAAUGUGAAUUUGAACAUAAAAUAAUAACCAAGAAUCCUCCAAGGCCUGUUCUAAAGCAGAAAUGCUCAAGUUUUAGGAAGUUACAAGUAAAACAGGAGAAAAAACUAAGAAGAAAAUUUAUAAAAGAAGCAGUCUCCUUCAGAAAUCUUGAAGUAUUUAACAGAAGUAACGUGGCAAAAGAUGAUAGCUUUAAAGGAAAUAUUCCAAAGAAUUUUUUUGUUGAGGAUACAAUCCUACAACUUAUUGGACGAUAUACAAUGACUAUACAAGAUGGUGUACGUGAUGCCUUCAAACUUCUGAUUGAAUUGCUUUCAUGGUGGGUACUUAGUGAAGAGGAUUAUGCACUCUUUUCAACAAGUUGUCUAUCAUCGGCUGAAAUAAUGGACCAGCUCGUAAGCUUUUUAAUUGCUAAAAAUGAUAGAGUGAAGACAAGAAUUUUUGUACAUGUUGUAAGUGAAUUUGAAGACGUGGAUCCUAAGCUACAUGAUUGGAUGAAACAUCUUGAUAAUAAUGGUUUAAAAGCUACUGAAUUUUUUCUCUCAGAAUAUAUAACUUACAUUCUACAGAUUGAUUUUAAUUCAGUAGCAGUCCUCUGGAAUGAGAAAUAUGGUAUUAAACUCAGCAAAACAUUCACCUGCUUAUCUGAAGAUGCACAUGAAAUAAUAGAAUACUUAGAAGAAUUGUCACUUACGGAACUUCGCUACUUAGUGUGGUUAUUAGAAGAAAAUAGACAAUGUUUCCCAUUUCUUCAUCAAUGUUUAGAUGACUAUUUUGAUAACCUGGAUAAUCCUUUUAUUGUAUUAAAGAAGGAAUAUACUGAAACUACUUCAAAUAAUGCUAUCAAAGUUAAAAAUAAAAACAGGAAAAAAUCAAAAGAAUCCAAGGCUAUUUUAGUUGUCUCUGGUGGAGUUGGUACAGUAACUCAAGAAGAAGACAAUAUAUUUUCUGAAGAAAAUUCAUUAAGUUUUAUGAAUCCACAUGAGCCUUUUAGAAUCCCAGAUGAUCUUCAUGAACAAGUUAUGAUAUUUGAAGCGUUGUAUAAUACUGCUUCAUCUAACAACAGUUAUCAGACAAUUUUGGACAAUUACCCAGAUCCAACUUGUGAAAGCUUAUAUGACUAUUUUUCUCAAAUCUUGGAAGAACAUGGUCCCAUGGAAAUUGAUAAUCCACUAUUAGUUGGGGAAUAUGAAGAUUUCCCCACAGAUACUCGUAGGAUAGUGGACAAUGCUGGUGGUCUAAAAUCUUUUCUUCUGGGAUCUCUACGUUUUGUUAUGGUAGAUGAUCUUAUUGGAUUGAUGAAACACGCAAUUAUGCUGCAGGAAAAUACAGAAAUCAUUGAAAUUGAUGAAAACAAUUACUCAGAGAGCCUGUACUGUCAAGAAAACAAUUUCCAUAGCAGUUCCAGUUUAAAUCCAACUGCUAAGGAAUUUAAGCCUGUCUCUUUUAUUAAUAAGCCUUAUAUUUCAACAUCUACAAAUAAUUUAGAAUAUGUGACUACUAGCCAUUCCUCAUUUAGUCCUUUUGCUUCCUCAUAUUCCUUUUCUAGUCAGACAACUGACACUGCACCAGCGGCAAAUGUAUCUUUGUCUCCAACUGUAUCUGACAAUCAUACAAUAUUUCUGAAUGAAAUUCAUUCAGAAUAUGUAAAUGAGAGACUAUCUCCAGUUUUUACUCAAGUGCCAUUUAUGCCAGAUAUUUCUGAGCAAACCAGUUAUAUAUAUGCAGAUUAUAAUGCUUAUUUUGAUACUGAUUCAGAAGCAACACAUAGCAAGGGUAAUGCUGAUAAAUUUACCACAGUUGAUCAAGUACAUACAUUUCAGAACAAUCCUUGCAUAGCAGUGAAAUUGGACAUUCACACUUGCAAAGAUAAUCUUGACCAGAUUGAGGACCAUUGUUGUAAUGAUGCUGAAUGCAGUUCUGUUACCAAAAUGAAAACAGAGAAUAAAUCAGCAAGAAACAAUCCCCGUUCAAGGAUGAUUGCUAUACAGGUGGAUCAAGAACUAACAGAUGCUGGAGUUAAUACUUUACCUCUUCAUCCUUAUGAAAGCCAACAAGGAGAUAUGUUACGUAUGGAGAAAGAACAUCAUGUACUACAAAAACAACUUAAAGAAGCAAUUGAAAAGUAUGAACAACUUAAAUGUCGAAGUUCCAAAGAGAUCAGUAUUUUAGAGGAAGAGUUAUCACUACUUAUUGAAGGAAACAAGCUCAGCAAGAGAGAAUUGGAUUGGUUUCAUCAAGAUGCAGAAGUGAACUUUAAAAAAUGGCAGCAAGAAAAAAAAGAAAAACAAGAAGGAUUAAAAGCAGGAAAAAAUAAAAUCAGAAAGCUAAUAGAAACCAAUGAAACAUAUAUGAAAAAUAUUGAUGAGAAGGAUAAACAGUACAAAUCAUAUUUGGAUGAAUUUCUGGAGAUCAGCAAUAGGUUUGAAUGUGAAAAAAUAAAAAUGGAGGAACUUAUAAAGAAGACCCAGGAUUAUCAGCAAGAAUGUGUUAAAAGAGCAAUAGCAGCAGAGGUGUCAGUACUUGAAAACUGGAAAGAGAAAGAAUUCUACAAACUAUGCAGAAAAUCAACAAAUGCCAAAGCCAAUAUUAAAUAUCUAAAAUUCAUGACCAGUCAUUCUGCAGCACCUCAGUCAAAAUUACAGAUUGAUUCUUGGGAGUCAUUUAUUUCCAAUAUUGGAGAAGAAAAGAAAAAAAUAGAGAGUCAGUUUGAAGAAAGGAUUUAUAUAGUAAAAAAUGGUGCUCUCCUAAAUAGUAUCACUCCAGUAGAAACUGCAGCUCUUCAGCCACCUACUGGUUUGUCACUAGCAACUCCUGAGAAGUCUCCUAUUAAUGACCCAGCCAUCAUAAUGUAUUCACCUGCUGCUCCGCAUCUGUCUGCUCCAUUUUCAAAUGUUAAUGACAAUUACUCCUUAUCUUCCAAAGCUAAAACUCACACUGGCAAUAAAAAUCCAGAGCCUCCUUCAGAUAAAGACAUUGGAGAACUGCCUUCUGAAUGCAGACAAAGCUCACUUUCUGAUAAAGUAUGCUUGCCUCAAUCACUAGGAAAUUCAGGAAGACAUCUUCAGAAUAUCCAGCAACUGCAUAGCAUUUUAGAGGAACCAGCAGGAGCUGCAGAAUUGGACUAUGCUACAAUUCUAAACAAGCCAAUUCUUGGAAAGCUAUCUGAAAAUAUCAUUGACCAACUUAGAAUUAUAUUUCCAUACCAUACAAGUUCAGAUUUAGAAAAAUUUAUAAAAGAAGUCAAUGUCAAAAACAGAAACAAGUUGAGUGCAGAUGACUACCUAAACAGGGUAACUGAAUUUAUCUUGGAUCAUCCGAACACAAAAAAGGUUCUUUCCUCUUCCAGAAAAAAUGAAGGGUUAUCCUCUUGUACUUCAGGAGAAAAUGCAAGUCAUACUCAAAAAGUAUUAAACACAUUGGUACAAAGCAAACCAAAGUCUAAAGCUGCUAAUGAAAAGAAAAAUAAAACUAGACUUCCAUCUCAAUCAAAUCAGAUGCCAUGGAAAAAUAUUGGUGAAACUUCAAAAUCAAAGUGGAGAAAAUCAAAUGAUACCAUUGAUAAUGAUCCAUGUGUAAUAUGUCAUGAAGAACUAACUUCAAGUCUCUUGCAUGUUCUGGAUUGUGGACAUAGAUUUCACAAAUUGUGUAUUGGACCAUGGAUUAAGGAGCACAGUACAUGUCCAACAUGUCGGCGUCACAUACUUUUGCGAGAAGAUUAUCCUGAGCUUCCUGGGCGUAACAAAAAAACUUAAAAUACUGCAAUAUACAGAUUAGCAAGAAUGAUAUUUAGAUUAUUUAAAAUCAUGAUAAUAUAAUUAUAUAUGAAUUCUGUUCCAGUUAUUUCCAGUAUAUUGUAUAUUAAAUUAUCCCUUUGUAUCUUAUGGAAUAUAUACACGAUGCUAGUUCUGCCAUUUCCAGUGAGUCAAGAUACAUGGUGCAGCAUUAUAUAUCCAAUGUUGUUAAUCUGUGUCUGCACUUUUGGAAGAAAUAUGUAAUUUAUAUAUCUGUAUUAGCUAUUUUUACUAUGUCACAGUAGAGCAGUUCAUAAAGUUGACAAAACAUAUCUAAUACAUAUUGUCUCUUUAAAUAAAGAACAUAUUAAUAAAAUUGUAGAGUACAGAUUUGUUUAGUUUUACUUGUUAGUUUAUAAGACUGUAGUCUUAUACCCUGAAUUAGUUAUUAGUGAGCAAUGCUAUUCAGUACAUUUGGAGCCCGAUUCUUUUUGAUUUUCACAGAUAACUUCCUCUUUAGAAAGUAAUCUUAAUUCACAAAUUGUUUAGCAUGAUUGUGUAGCAAUACACCAUGAUUUUAAGUCAUUAUUUAAUGUGAUGUGUGAGUGUGCAAGAAGAGGUAACAUGACCCCAAAAUUUCCAUUGGUAAGCAACAUGCUUGUUAAAUUAAUUGCCCCAUUUUAUGACCUUUCUUGUCACUCCAGUGUAAAGCUAGUAACACGGGUUAAGUGAACCUGGCUUCCCAUUAACUUUGCUUGUCAGAAAGUCACAAAAGGUGAUCACAACAGGUGAUCACAUGACCCCAAGACACCGAAACUCAUAGAUGCUGAAAAGUGUCUGAAGUUUGAUCAUGUGAUCAUGGGAUACUGCAACAGUUGUGUGAAAAAUGGCCACAAGUCACUUUUUUCAGUGCUGUUGUAACUUCAAGUAGUCACUAAAGGAAAUAAAUCAAGGACUACCUGUAGUGCUUUUUUUCCUCAUUUUUUGUGAGACCUUUAAUAAACAAUAAUGCUUUUUAA